AUGGCUCCUAGCCCGAGAACGCCAAGAACAACCUCUUCGGCGCGCCAGCGAGCCCGUCAGUCUGAGACGACCUCGACCUCGCGACGCGCUCGUCCUUCUAGCAUUGUGGCUGCUACUGAGCCUCCUUUAAAGCGUCGUCGAUAUGUCCCGGGUGGUCCCGGGGGUGGUGGAAGGUUUCUCGAUAAAAGUGAAGAAGAACCAAUGGACGCCGGUGCAGCAACCGGCCCUCGGCCUCGGACCCGUCCCAGCAUUUCUAAUAGUGCAGCCUCGCCUUCUCUAUACCCCCCACGGCGUGAGCGAAGUACCCGUAUUCGGACUUCCACUCGUAUUGAGCAAGACGACGAGAUGCAGAUAAGCUCGGCUGCUGCCGUUGCAGCUGCCGUCGUGCAAAGCGAAGGUUAUAAGCCACGGGAAGAGCGAGGCUGGGAAGAAUUUCACCCAAACCUGGAUAUUGAAGCUACUUUCAUGCUGUUUCAUGCCGACGAUGUCGACGGUACUGCCAGGCCUAUGCCCGAGACCCCAUCUGGGAAGGCCGUUUUUGGCGAUCCCAACGAUGUUAGCAGUCCUUCCAAAGACCAAAGAGCUUCUCCCAGCAUUCAAGCAAAUGGUGUUAUGCCAAGCUCUCAAACUAUCAUCGCUACCACACCCACGAGGCGACGGGGCGCGCGGCAGUCAGUGUAUGCUACACGCGGUGGAGACACAAUACCGGCACCGAAUACUCCUACUCCUCUACCUAUUCACGGUCAGAAUAAUAAAGAAAAGCUUGACCUUAAACAACCCCUAUAUCGAAAGACAGAUCGCAUUCUACUUUUCGAGAGCAAAACAUUCGGUCAGGCGCGAUAUGUUGAUAAAGCCAUGAUGAAUAUUGGGUAUCAAGAGAGCGAUAAUUAUAUCCGACCGGAACGUCGCUUGAUUAAAGCCACCGAUGGGAGUGUUGAAGAUGACCAAGAUCCCUCAGCUUCUUCCAAAGGCGACGGUGAGGCGUCGCAUCAGAUCACUCUCAGCUCUGGACGUGUAGAGUAUGAUAUGGACGAACAAGACGACAUGUGGCUAGAGGCAUACAAUGCUCAUCGCAAGAGUCAUGGUUGGAAUACUGUUACCCGUGAGGUAUUUGAACUUACAAUCACAAAGAUCGAGAAAGAAUGGCACGCUUUGGAGAAGAGAAUACCAAAGCCAAACCCGAAGCCACCGCAGACCCAUAGGCCUCGCUCAAGUUCAGCAGCGGCCGUUAGUGGCGACCCCCAGCCGGGUGAAGAGCAAGACAGUAAAUGCGCAAUCUGCGAUGAUGGUGAUUGUGAGAAUACCAAUGCCAUCGUGUUCUGCGACGGGUGCGAUUUGGCGGUCCACCAGGAAUGCUAUGGUGUUCCAUUUAUUCCAGAAGGCCAAUGGCUAUGCCGAAAGUGCCAAUUAAUUGGGCGUGGUGUACCUACUUGCAUAUUCUGCCCUAACUCCGAUGGUGCCUUUAAACAAACAAAUUCUUCCAAAUGGGCGCAUCUCCUAUGUGCUAUGUGGAUACCUGAGGUUACCCUGGGUAACCAUACAUUCAUGGAGCCUGUCAUGGAUGUGGACAAAGUACCGAAGAGCCGAUGGAAGCUGACGUGCUACAUCUGCAAUCAGCAGAUGGGUGCCUGCAUCCAGUGCGGCAACAAGGCUUGUUACCAAGCUUUUCAUGUUACUUGUGCACGCCGCGCUCGUCUGUUUCUACGGAUGAAGAAUAGUUCCGGCGCUCUAGACGUUCUUGACGGGAGCACCAACCUGAAGGCCUUAUGCGAUAAGCAUUGCCCAUCGGAAUAUGCCAAGGAGAAUGAUGUAGUUAAAGCCACUAAGAGUGCGAAAAAGUUCUACAGAAAAGCCAUGCGAGGUCGCCUUUGGGCUAAUAAUCAGGCGUCUGCAUUGGCAUUGGCAGCUUCGCACCGCCAUCUCAUCACUGACCACCCACCAGAUGAAUCACAGAUAACUGGCGCCAAGCUCUCAGUUGUCUUGGGAGACAAAAAGGGUCAACAAGGCAAGUCAAUAUGGAAGCUCCCAUCCGGGGCACCUGUCAUUCCCCAAGCAGUGUUCGAUAUUGUCGACUCGUCCCUCCAGCGAUUCACUUUUCUGAAACGCAAAGAGUUUAUAGCCGACGCAUGUCGCUACUGGACUCUAAAACGAGAGAUGCGUCGGGGUGCCGCCCUUCUGAAGCGGUUACAGCUGCAGAUGGAGACUUUCUCGUCAAUGGAACUCACUCGUCGCAAUUUUGCAGCAAUGGGAUCCAGUGGCAAAGCUAGAUUAACUCGCAGAAUAGAGUUUGCUGAAUCGCUUCUAAGGGACCUUGAGCAGCUGAAAGCACUCUCUCAGGAGGUAGUAGAUAGGGAGCAAAGUAAACUGGAUGCUGCUGAAAUGGAACGCGACUUUGUGGAUACCUGCUAUUUCCCCAUCCACAAACUUCUACCUCCAGUUAUCGAAAAAGCGAUUGCACUUGACAAAAAUCUCUUCUAUGAGAGCUUGUUGCCUAUUUCAUCUCGAAUUGAUGAACGAUAUUACACAACAACGCUCACGCUUGCCCGUGAUCUUUGCGAUGUCAUACAUACUGGGAUUAAUACUGAACCAGAUGCAUUUAUCGAUACAUCACAUAACCCUGCGUUGAAUCUUACAUUGUCUUCUAAAGCUGAUUUCUCUGACUACCGAGAUCGUAAGAAGCUUGGCAAGAGGAUACUCAAAGCCGUCCAACCACAAUUGGAAAUGGCAUUACGUCUAGAGGCAGAAGCAAAUCAUCGGCCGUUCGAAGUCCUCAAGCUGGAACUUGAGACUAUGAUAGAAGUAAGCCUGGAAUAUCGACCCAAACCUGCUACCACGGAAGGCGACGGUGAAGGGGAGAAAAGCCAGGAUGUUAUCAUGGUGGACUCAUCCUCGACAGUCAUCGCUGUUGCUGGAAUGAAUCAUCACAGUGUGACAACGGGGGACGAGAGCGAGGACAUCACCAUGGCAGAUGCUAGUAAUCAAAACGCAUCGACCGAUGGCAACAUAGAAGUUGACACAUCUGUAAUCGAAGCGGAUACGAAGUUCGAAGGCACGCAAGCAACAACUAGUGGUUCCCCGGUGUUGGAUUCUGGUGCUGGGGUAGCAGAGUCUAAGCCUGACGUGGGUAGUAUGAACGAUAGACAAUCUAUCAACACACCGCCGGCAACGAAUGGCUACAUCACGGUACCAACAGCAUCCCAGCCUGCACCCCCCACACCUCCGCAAUCGAAUGGCAGCCUGGGGGGACAGCCGAUGGACGCCCUCACAAACGGCGGUGUUAUUUGGUACCUACAAGAAUUCGAGCCAGAGGGCACGUCCGCUGCUCAAGAACAAUGGAACGGAAGAAAUGUCAUGCGAAGCCUUAGUGAGGAACUCACAGAGAUCGAUGACGAUGAGCUUAAAGGGCUCGGUGUCGAGAUCAACGAGAGCAUAACGGCUUCACCAGCAGAUACAACCCCAAUCGUUGAUGGUACUAACCACAUAAGUCCUACAAAAAAGGCACCCAAGCCCAAGAAACGUAAGACAACCUACCGAAGGCGUUGA